AUGGUGAAACAGUUGUAUAAGGGAGAGGCGAUUCACCUGGCUCGGGAUUUUGGCUACGCGUGUGAAACGGAAUUUCCUUCUCGUCAGGUCGCUGAAUAUCUCUGCCGUUCUCAGUGCACCGGCGAUUACAUGGAAGUGCAGCGACGCAAAGAAAUGUUGCUAUCAACAAAACAAGUUUUAAAGGAGCUUAUAACGCUGCUCAAUCAGGACAGAAGCCCGCUCUGCAAUUCGAAAGAGCCGUGCAUUUUGGAGCCAACCAUCCAGCGCCACUUGACCCAUUUUUCCCUAAUCACUCAUGGUUUCGGUUCUCCGGCGAUUUGUUCUGCAGCUUCAGCCAUAACUUCAUACUUGAACGAGUCACUGAAGUAUUUGGAACGCAAUUUCCCGUCCAUUCAACCGCCUCAUCAGACCGUCGUCAGCUUACCUCAUUUGGUGACUUCGUCUAUCACCCAGAAGGAAGUUAAGACCAGCCCUAGCAGCGCUGCAGGAGAAAAGAAAUGA